AUGUAUAUACGUGGAUUGAUUUUCUGGUGCUUGCUGCUUCAAUUACUGGUUCUCCAUCUCCUACCCAGAGUUUCAGCCAUAAGGAAAGACAUCGGCUUCCUGAGAAAUCAGCUUUGUAGAACUACUGUUCAAGGAAGGUAUCUGCUUUCAGACGAAAAUGGCCGUGUAUGCGAUGCUCUAUCGCUUGAUCCCCGAUUUCGAUGUUGCCCCGUGAAAGGAGAGAGGUUCCCCUGUAAAGGAUGCAAUCUUCUCUCGCGAUGUUGCAAUUCCUAUGAAUAUUGCGUUUCUUGCUGCCUGAAUCCUUCCACAACACUUGCUGACGAAGUAAUGAAGGUGAAGAUAGCCAAGACUGCAACUUCAGGGACUUAUCCGAGCAUAUUCGAUUUCUGUUCAGGGAGGUGCCGCCAUAACUCUGGCAGCGUGGUUCAUGAGAAUGCUUAUAUCAGCGAGUUCCACCACUGCUUCUCUCUGCCUUCGAAUCAAUCCGGGGAUGAUCAUAGGCAACAAGAAGCAAGGCUGGUUGGGGUUAAUGUAGUGAUUGGUGGGCAAGGCGAGUCGUGUGAUUUGGUCUGCAGGUCGAAAGGGCAGUCGUGUAUUGUGAACAAGCUUCUGGUGCUCAAUCAGUGUGAGAUUAUAAAGAAGUACAUGAGCUGUGAAGGAGGGUGUUUGGCUAGCGUAGGGAGUGAUCAGCCUGCUGAGGUUGUUGAUGAUGCUCCGAAAGAUCUGAAUCCCGGGACUUGCUUGUACACGAAGCCACAGUCUAUGCUCUCAUGUGACGGGUCUCAUCCUCAUACCCAGAGACUCUGCCCCUGUGCCUAG